UCCUCUCAGAUCUACACAUCGAAAACACACAAGCGAAUCUCAAUUUAAAACUUUCCGAGAAAAGAAAAAUGUCUGGGCGAGGAAAAGGAGGAAAGGGAUUGGGAAAGGGAGGAGCCAAGAGGCACAGGAAGGUUCUCCGUGACAACAUCCAGGGCAUCACGAAGCCUGCGAUUCGUCGUUUAGCUAGAAGAGGUGGCGUGAAGCGUAUCAGCGGUUUGAUCUACGAGGAGACUCGCGGUGUUCUCAAGAUCUUUCUCGAGAAUGUGAUUCGUGAUGCCGUUACUUACACUGAGCACGCUAGGAGGAAGACGGUGACGGCGAUGGAUGUUGUCUAUGCGUUGAAGAGGCAGGGACGAACUUUAUAUGGAUUCGGCGGUUGAUGGGAUGAUUUUGUAAAUCGCGUUUGUCUUUAGGGUUUGUUUAAUCUAUUAAAGCUGUUUUAGAGUUUCGUUUAGAAUGUUUCAGCGUUUUGAAUUGAAUGAAAACACUUUUUCUCUA